GGCACAUUGUUGGACUUAAGACUUCUCUUCCCACUAAUGCCAAAGCCAGGAGAGACACCAGCGACUGAAUUUCAGCUGGAGAAACGGCCACAGCACAAUGAAGCUUUUCACUGCCAUUGUUUUCUGCUCCUUGGUCGUGGGAGUCAGCAGUGAAGGCUGGUUUUCAUUCUUCAAGGAGGCUGUCCAAGAUGUGGGGGGAGGGAGGGCCUACUGGGACAUGAGACAAGCCAAUUACCAACAUUCAAGCAGAUACUUCUAUGCCCGGGGGAACUAUGAUGCUGCACAAAGGGGCCCUGGGGGUGUCUGAGCCGCUCAAGUGAUCAGCAACGCCAGGGAAUAUCUUCAAGGACUCUUACACAAGCUUUCCUUUGGAAGCAGCAGCUAUGACUUGGAGGACUUGACUUCCGACCAGAGAGCUGGGGAAUGGGGCUGGAGUGGCAACGACCCCGAGCAUUUCAGACCUGCUGGCCUGCCUAAGGAAUACUGAGCUGCCUGCUCCCUCUGCUCUCAGGGGAUGAGGCUGUGAGCCACACAACUCUCCCCACAAACAGGGCACAGUGUCACUGAGCUUUGUGUCCCCAGG